AUGAAAGAUUUGGAAGUGAGCAGAAAAACGCUAACAAGUGUACAGAUAAUGUACAGCAGACACAUAACAUUGGUUGGCGAGAGGAAAUCUGGCAGCCUAUUGAUUAUUAAUGUGAAAAGAAAACAAAUGAGUGAGAACCGAACACAGACGCUCUCGCCCUUGCCUCCAAACCCAGUAUCUCGCUACAGCUGGUGCACUGGAAGUUAUGAGCACAAACAGAUGCUGCAGAGAAAUCUGUUUCUAUUGCUCAACUGUUCCAAGCAUGUCUCAGUAUUUUUAGCUCUGGGGAUGUUCUGGUGCGCACACAAACUAUAUAGGCAUGAUCUGGGACUCCGGAGUGUGGGCGGUCCGUGCGACACCGGCUCUCCUGGCCCCGCCCCCGGCCGCUGCCGGCCAAUCGCAGCGCGCCUGGCCGCGCGGCCGGCCCCGGGAACCGCGGCGGGGAGGGGAGGAUGCUGCGAGGCGUUGCCAGCGGAGGGAACCUGCCGCCGCCUCCUCCCCCUCCACCCUCGGAGCCCGGCCGGGGAGUCGGGCCCGGGCCGGGGAGGAGGAAGUUGCGGCCCAGCUGGGACAGCAGCAGGUGGGAAGCUCCGCGCCCGGCUGUUGCGGCUGCCUGAUUGCAGCCUGGCCUUGGGCAAAGCUUCCUACUCCGUCUGGAGCCCCACACACUUCCCGGUUCCCCCGCUCUUGGGCCGCUUGCCCUGCGUGCUCCUCAAGGGGCCUGCGAGGUGCCAGCGCCGGGUAGAGACCUUUGCCGCCGGGGCAGGAUUGUUCGUCGGUCCCGGCGCGUCUCCCUCUCCCCUCCCUCUCUGCCGGAGCCCCUCGGCCCUUGGAAGCCCCCCGCGGAGGCUGCAGCGCCUGGAGAAGCCACUGAGUCAAUGGGGCGAGGGACUGGGGCGGGCGCGCAGAGCCCCCAGGAUUGAGACGCGCGCAAGUGCGGCCACUGCAGCGCCGCUUGGCUGUUUCUUCUCCCGACUGUUCGCGAAUUACUUACAAGGCGCCUAGGCUUCUCUGAAGGGUGGACGGCUCGUUCCCUCUCGCCUUGUCCGCCCUCAGUCUCUCCACCACCGCCCGGCACGCUUUGCUGAUCUAAAAUCAGAACAAUUAGAGAGUAAUGAUUUUUUUUGGAAUAGCAACUCCUACAGACACUCAGAUCUGCCCUCGCUUCAGCGCCUCCCAGCCCUCCUUCCCAGCAGCCAGGCGAGAGCGCGCAGACCCCUAAAAAGCAACUUCAGUGUUAACCUGGUCUGGAUCCUGGAACUUUAUAAACUAAUCCGUGUGUGUGUGUGUGUAAACCGAAGAUCCGUACAUUAUUUCAAGUCCUACAUAAAGGGGAUUGGGACCCCAAAAUAGCCGGUGAUCCAUGCAGAAUGCUCUGAAUUAUAUUACUACCACGAUUUAGCACUGGGUUCAUCUCUGAAAAUACAGCUCAAGACCUGCAUGAUUCGAGCUCCACAGCCUCCGCUGAAAAGCAUUGCCUAUCAAAGCAACACACAGAAAAAGCACCAAACACGCUUGAUAAUAUAAAACCAAGCCAUACCCCCACAGGGUGAGACAAUCCAGUCAGCAAGAAAAAAAAAUCAUUGUUGGAAUUAUUUCUCCAUAAUGGAAAGCAAUUCUCUGUGAGUUGACUUACAGGUCAUGACAUAAAACCAAAGAAAAAAAGAAAGAGCUCUAAGCAUUGACAGAUGUUCUGUGCUCGCUCCUGUCUCCUGAACCCCUCCGAGUCUCCAUCAGAAGGCAGCCUGACCUGCAGCCCCUUUCAAGCAACUUAGGAACUGGAGAUCUCUCAUACAAAAGGUUUUACCCCUAAUUCCACUGAAGACCCCCUCGAACCAAGCAAAAAUUUUCUCACAGGAGAAUUUAAGAGAGUCUAUGGAUUCAUGCUCGAUUUCAUAAUUUCCUCUCUGUACAAAAACCAGGGUAUUUAUUUCUCUUACGUAAUUUCCAGGGAAUCAGUUCCAUGACCUGACUUGUAUUCUGUUGGUCUACUGAGGGGACCUUACCGUCAAACAGUCACCCUUGGUGAGAACAUACCCAAGGGCUGAUAUAUGACUGCAAAGGAACUUAACAAUUCCUGGAAGGAAAAGGGUUAAGAGCCAGUAAAAACAGCAUAAAUUUACACAUGACCUAGUGUGAUUACACUUUUAUUCUCUUCCUUGCAAGAAACAACAACAAUGACAACCUCCAUAACUAAUGCUUCUGGUCUAAAAAACCUUCUCCCUAAAGGACAUGUUUUCACCCACUACUGAUGAUCUCAACAAAUUUCUGGAUAGAAAGGACCUAUAGACAGAGAGAUGUACUUGCCGGUGAGUUUUCUUUCCAAAGGAUCUAAAAUGUCCAUUCCAGGUCGUGGGAAAAUCAUCUCAACGAUUGGGCUGAAGGGAGCAGCCUUGUGUGAUCGGUUUGUGAUGGUUCGAUUCAAGCUGACAAGUUCUAGAAUUAUAAUUGUUUUGUCCCAAUCUUAACUUGCUAAGAAGGGAGAUGGCUUGAAUAGCCAGAGGCCUUGACUCCAGAAAGAACUGUGAGUAGAUAAAAGCUACUGCAGUGGCUUCAGUU